AAAAAUAUCCAACUUUCUGCCUUCCACCAACACUGCCACUCCGCGUCUUAAAGGCUUUUACCUUCCCUUCACACCCAUCGGAGCUAAUUGUCAUUUCUUCUAUCAUACCCUCUUAAAAUCGACAUCGGCAGAAUACCCAUUGAGCUGAAAUGCCCGCUGCCACUGCCACCAACGGUCGCUCCAGUAGGUCUGGACCCUCUUCGAAAGGGGUCGUCGUCCUCAAGCUCUCGCCAGACUUGUUAAGUCGCUUUGCCAGUCCUCCGCCCCCAGAGGUCAAAGACAGGAAGAGCAACAUUAAGGACGAGGAGUCCAGAGCCUCCUCCCCCGUCAAGGAGAAGGAACCCUCCUCCCCGGCGUCAUCUUUCGUGGAAGCGCCUAUCCAUCCGUCCGACAAUGCAUCGGAUGCUGCAUCUACACCGGCUGCGGGCACCUCAGCUGCUGACACCCCCCGUCGCAAAGGUGUACCUGGUCCCAAGCCUGGAGUCAAACGAAGUCUGAACCAGACGAGCGAGACAACGCCUAAGCCGAGAGGGAAGCCUGGUCCGAAGAAGAAGCCUAGACUUGACGACGGUGCCUCCGAACCCGUCAAAAUCGCAGCAUCCCAUAGGCUAGGACCCAAAGCCAACACCGGCGCCAUUAAUGCUGGCCUUCGCGCCCUUGAUCGUUCGGGUGCUCCAUGCCGUAAAUGGGAACGCAAGUCCUUGCAACUGAAGAGCUUCACUGGCAUCCAGUGGCAGCUACCGACCUGGCGAACUCCUCGACCUCAGAAAACAGACGACAAUGGCGAAAUCAAGGAGUCUGUCCUAGAGACCGGUGAUAGCGAUAGCAAGGCGAAUCAAAGCGCCAGCGGGGUUCCUAGCGAGAAGAGCAACUCUGGCGACGGAGACCUAACUCCGGUCCCUCCGAAUAUCGCAGAGGCAUCUUCACCUGCCAUUGCCAUGGCCGCAUAGGCGCAACCCCCAUAAUUUGACUCGGCUAUCACCCUUCGUGUACAUUAAUUUCAGUCUACCUUUU